AGACAGUUCCCUCCAGACACCAAAGAGGAGUAACCACUCAGGAUGACUGAAACCUGCGGUCCUCCAGAAGAUGAGCUGUCACUGUUUCAUGUCAUUUUAAUUUACAUGAUCGUAGGCACUGAAUGCAUCAUUGGUAUCGCUGCAAAUGGGUUCAUCGUGGCUGUCAAUGCGGCUGAGUGGAUGCGGAACAAGGCAGUUUCCACAAGUGGCAGGAUCCUGUUCUUCCUGAGCGCAUCCAGACUGGUUCUUCAAAGCUUCAUGAUGGUAGAAAUUACCAUCAGCUCAACAACUCCUCGCCUUUAUCAUGAAGGUGUUGUGUAUGAUACAUUCAAAGUAAGUCUCAUGUUCUUAAAUUCUUGUAGCCUCUGGUUUGGUGCCUGGCUCGGUUUCUUCUACUUCGUGAAGAUUGCUGAUUUCUCCUACUCUCUUUUCCUCAAGCUGAAGUGGAGAAUUACUGGGUUGAUGCCAUGGCUCCUGUGGCUAUCAGUAUUUAUUUCCAUGGGCCACAGUGCCAUCUUCUUCAAUGAGACCUACAUUACCUAUUGUAACAAUUCUUUUCCCAUCCACUCGUCCAGCUCCACCAAGAAAAAAUACGUCACUAAGACCAGUGUGGUCAACCUGGCUCUCCUCUAUAACCUGGGGGUCUUCGUUCCUCUGACCAUGUUCACCCUGGCGGCCACUCUGCUGAUCAUCUCUCUCAAGAGACACACCCUCCACAUGGGAAGCAAUGCCACUGGCUCCAGGGACCCCAGCAUGGAGGCCCACUUGGGGGCCAUCAAGUCCAUCAGCUAUUUUCUCUUUCUCUACAUUUUCAAUGCAGUUGCUCUAUUUCUCUUUAUGUCCCACACCUUUCAUGCCAACAGUCCCUGGAAUAUUUUGUGCAAAGUCAUCAUGGCUGCCUACCCUGCUGGUCACUCCAUUCUACUGAUUCAGGACAACCCUGGACUGAGGAGAGCCUGGAAGCGGCUUCAGCCUCUAAUUCAUCUUUAA